CUUCACAACUUAAACCUAAAAUGGAUUAUCAAACCAAGAACCAGGCUGCCAAGAACAUAUCUACUUGGUUAAUCUCUUUGUGUUUUACCACUCUCUUAAUAUUACUCCCGGUGGUUACAUGUACUAGACAACACCGGUUUGAUAGCCCGAAACAAAAAAGCUUGUUGGCUAACGAGCAAGAUCUGGUGACAGAUUUGCCUGGACAGCCUGAUGUGAGUUUCAGACAUUACGCCGGUUAUGUCCCUGUGGACGCAUCCAACGGAAGAGCUAUGUUUUAUUGGUUCUUUGAGGCCGUGGAUCUUCCCAAGGAGAAACCUCUAGUUCUCUGGCUUAAUGGAGGUCCAGGUUGUUCCUCUGUGGGAUAUGGAGCAACACAAGAAAUUGGUCCCUUUCUCGUGGAUGCCAACGAAAACGGACUUAAAUUUAAUCCAUACGCAUGGAAUAAAGAGGCCAACAUGCUGUUUUUAGAAUCUCCCGUCGGUGUUGGCUUUUCGUAUUCAAACACAACGAGCGAUUAUCAAAAACUUGACGAUGACUUUACAGGCAGGUCCAUUAUUAUUUUAAGCUAUAGUCUCUGUCCUCAGACGAAUAAUAUAAUAUAUACAAGAGACGCAUUCACUUUUCUUUGCAACUGGUUCGAGAAAUUUCCUGAACACAAAGGAAAUACGUUCUACAUCGCAGGCGAAAGCUACGCAGGAAAAUACGUACCGGAGCUAGCAGAGGUCGUGUACGAUAACAAUAACAAGAACAAUGGUUCCUCGCUUCACAUCAAUCUUAAGGGUAUUUUGCUUGGGAAUCCUGAGACAUCAGAUGCAGAAGAUUGGAGAGGUUGGGUGGAUUACGCAUGGAGCCACGCGGUUAUAUCUGAUGAGACGCAUAGAAUCAUAACCAGGACUUGCAAUUUCAGCAGUGACAAUACAUGGAGCGACGACGAGUGCUCCGAAGCCGUCGCAGAAGUUCAAAAGCAGUACGACGAGAUCGAUAUCUAUAGCCUCUAUACAUCUGUUUGUAUAGGAGAUUCUGCACGAUCCUCUUACUUGGAUUCUUCACAAUUCAAGACAAAUUCUCACACCAGCUCCAAGAGGGUGCCACCAAGGCGCUUGGGUGGAUAUGACCCAUGCUUAGACGAUUACGCGAGAAUAUUCUACAACAGAGCAGAUGUUCAGAAGUCUCUUCAUGCGAGUGAUGGAGUUAAUCUCAAAGACUGGAGGAUUUGCAACAUGGAGAUCUUUCAUAACUGGACUUAUACAAAGCCCUCUGUUUUGCCUAUAUACGAGAAAUUGAUCGCCGGGGGAUUAAGAAUAUGGGUUUACAGUGGUGACACAGACGGAAGAGUUCCAGUACUCGCGACUAGGUAUAGCUUAAGCGCACUCGAAUUACCCAUCAAGACAGCUUGGAGGCCUUGGUACCAUGAGAAACAGGUAAGCGGAUGGCUCCAAGAAUACGAAGGUCUAACGUUUGCUACGUUCAGAGGAGCUGGACAUGCGGUGCCUUCCUUCAAACCAAGCAGCUCUCUUGCAUUUUUCUCGGCCUUUCUCACCGGAAUUCCUCCUCCGCCAUCACGGUAGAGAAGCAAGUUAACUAUUCAGAGGAUGGUUUGCUUAAACCUAAUGUCCUCUUUAAGUCUUCAGAAAGUUUGAAAGAUUUUGGGUUUUGUUAAGUUAACUUGUCGGACAAGGUAAAGGGUGGGAAAAGGAUUGUAACAUGUAGAGAUAAAUUGUAUGUGACUAUGUUACUUUCUAUGGGAUGAUCAUAUAAUGAUCAAGGAACAAUUUUAAUACCUAAAGAUUGUGUAAUAAUAAUCACUAAAAUGAUUGUUUCGGAUACAAGCUCUUAAGAUUAUAAUGAUAAAG